AUAUCAUUAAUGGAGCUCAAGAAAAAUGUGUUUUGCCUCCUAUGGAUGGCUACCCCCACUGCGAGGGAAAAAUCAAGUGGAUGAAAGAUAUGUGGCGCUCGGAUCCCUGCUACGCAGACUACGGAGUGGAUGGGUCCACCUGCUCUUUUUUUAUUUACCUCAGUGAGGUUGAAAAUUGGUGUCCUCAUUUACCUUGGAGAGCAAAAAAUCCCUAUGAAGAAGCUGAUCAUAAUUCGUUGGCGGAAAUUCGUACAGAUUUUAAUAUUCUCUACAGCAUGAUGAAAAAGCAUGAAGAAUUCCGCUGGAUGCGAUUGCGGAUCCGACGAAUGGCUGAUGCGUGGAUCCAGGCAAUCAAGUCCCUGGCAGAAAAGCAGAAUCUUGAAAAGAGAAAAAGGAAGAAAGUCCUUGUUCACCUGGGACUCCUGACGAAGGAAUCUGGAUUUAAGAUUGCAGAGACAGCUUUCAGUGGUGGCCCUCUCGGUGAAUUAGUUCAGUGGAGUGAUUUAAUUACAUCUCUGUACUUACUGGGCCAUGACAUUAGGAUUUCAGCUUCACUGGCUGAGCUCAAGGAAAUAAUGAAGAAGGUUGUAGGAAACCGUUCUGGCUGCCCAACUGUAGGAGACAGAAUCGUUGAGCUCAUUUAUAUUGAUAUUGUAGGACUCGCUCAAUUCAAGAAAACUCUUGGACCAUCCUGGGUACAUUACCAGUGCAUGCUCCGAGUCCUGGACUCAUUCGGCACCGAGCCAGAGUUUAACCACGCUAAUUAUGCCCAGUCCAAAGGCCACAAGACCCCCUGGGGAAAAUGGAAUCUGAACCCGCAGCAGUUUUACACCAUGUUCCCUCAUACCCCAGACAACAGCUUCCUGGGGUUUGUGGUGGAGCAGCACCUGAACUCCAGCGACAUCCAUCACAUUAACGAAAUCAAGAGGCAGAACCAGUCCCUUGUGUAUGGCAAAGUGGAUAGCUUCUGGAAGAAUAAGAAGAUCUACUUGGACAUUAUUCACACAUAUAUGGAAGUGCAUGCGACCGUUUAUGGCUCCAGCACGAAGAAUAUUCCCAGUUACGUGAAAAACCAUGGGAUCCUCAGUGGGCGGGACCUGCAGUUCCUUCUCCGAGAAACCAAGUUGUUUGUUGGACUUGGGUUCCCUUAUGAGGGCCCAGCUCCCCUGGAGGCCAUCGCAAAUGGAUGUGCUUUUCUGAAUCCCAAGUUCAGCCCACCCAAAAGCAGCAAAAACACGGACUUUUUCAUUGGCAAGCCAACUCUAAGAGAGCUGACAUCUCAGCAUCCUUAUGCUGAAGUUUUCAUCGGCCGGCCACACGUCUGGACUGUUGACCUCAGCAAUCAGGAAGAGGUCGAGGAUGCGGUGAAAGCAAUUUUAAGUCAGAAGAUUGAGCCGUACAUGCCGUAUGAGUUCACAUGCGAGGGGAUGCUGCAGAGAAUCAACGCUUUCAUUGAAAAACAGGACUUCUGCCAUGGACAAGUGAUGUGGCCGCCCCUCAGCGCCCUGCAGGUGAAGCUUGCUGAGCCCGGGCAGUCCUGCAAGCAGGUGUGCCAGGAGAACCAGCUCAUCUGUGAGCCUUCCUUCUUCCAGCAUCUCAACAAGGACAAAGACAUGCUGAAGUACAAGGUGAUCUGCCAAAGCUCAGAGCUGGCUAAGGACAUCCUGGUGCCCUCCUUCGACCCCAAGAACAAGCACUGUGUGUUUCAAGGCGACCUCCUGCUGUUCAGCUGUGCAGGCGCCCACCCCAGGCACCAGAGGAUCUGCCCCUGUCGGGACUUCAACAAAGGCCAGGUGGCUCUCUGUAAAGACUGUCUCUAGUGGCCCCUGGGUUGGCCUCACUCGCCCUUGGCUGGGGAAGACAGCGGUUUCAGCCCCAUCCUGGCAGAGCCAGGGGGCAGAUGUCAUUCAGGGACUCUCGCCAGAGCCUGAACUUUGUAGUGAAAGGUUUCAAUUUGGUCGUACUCCUACAGGUGUCUGAGCACCACAGUGGAGUUUUCACCAAGACAAAAUGAGAGCCGACGCCAGGCGGGGAGCCUGGCUUCUCCCUGCACAACUUCAUUUUAUUUUUUGAAGAGCAGCUGUAGGGAGAACCUGUCGAUGCAGCUGCUUCAGGGUGGAGAGAGAAUCUCAAGAUUCAUUUAAAACAAAACAAAACUAGAGGAGGAAUUGAGCUGGGUGGAAAGAACUUUGUAUGGGAACAUUCCUAAAUUCAUUAACUUAUUUAUUGGGGACGGAGGGAGGGGGAUUAGGGGAGGGCAAAGAGGGAUUGAUCACAUGCCUUCUUUGAUUUUCCACUGUUUACCAUCCACCUUCAUUAUAAUAUUAUUCCUGUCUACUUUGGGUGGGGUGCAGGAGGGAGACAGGGUGAGCUGAGGGCUGGUGGCAUGCCUGAGGGAAGCUGUAGCUCCUCAACGUGGAUGGUGGCAAAACAAAAGAAAAUCUGUGUGUGUGCUUCAGGGAUGGCAGCUAGAGGACGGGGGGACAUGCUUGUGUCAUCCCGAGAGCCCAGCCAGGGACCAAAGACGGAGCUGCUUUGCAGUGAGAGGCUCCUUUGCUCCAUGCAUUCCUCCCAUCCCCCACACACACACCUUGGCCCUAAUUGGGUAGGGUCCCUUUAGGAAAGACGUGCAAGAUUGGAAAACUGACAUUUGCUAGUGUGUGGUAAACCCCACAAUUUGGGGCUGAAAGAGCUACGCUUGGACUUAGUCCUGAUGAUCACCCCUUCUGAGGGUUGUCUUUGAGCUGAGAUUGUACACGAGUGAAGCCAAUCCCUGUGAACUGGUGACACCACUGGAACUGGGCUCCAGACAGGUGCCUGGGCUUUCUUACAUUCCCUGUAAUGUCUGAUUUCGCCAAAGUCCGUGGAAUGGGGCUCUCAGUAAACUUGAUGUUGGCCUAGGGAGCCUGGGCAGGCCUGGUUGAAUGUGAUGCACUCUCCUGCCUGCUCACCUAUGGAGGUGGAGGUGGCUUGCAAGGGAGUCUGAUGUUGGCUUUUGUUCCAGGCACGAAUAUUCUGAGGAGGGUGAGCCAGUUGGCAGGUUGGCCUGGUCAGACCCAUCCAACCCCUUUCCAGCCCUAGAGGCCGGCCCCAUCUCCUCUGCCUUUGUGUGGGUCCCCCCCCCACCGCCCCCUAACACUGCUUCAGUGCUCUGGGUCUAAGUGUGUUUCCUGUGAAGCCCCUGGCAUCUCCAUGCUGGUAAGUGAGCCCUCUCCUCUGUCUUGCAAGGUGUCCCAGUUAUGAGCUGCCAUGCUCCCCCCCAGCCCUCAGGGGUGCUUUGAGUGCCUUGGUCUGCCAGCAGCCCUGGCUCCCCAGCACCGUAUGCCCUUGGUGGGGAGGUGGGCAGCUGACUCAGCCUCUACCAGGCAGAACAGCUGGCCAGGCUAACGGCUGGGUGGGCCUGUGAGACGUGAGGCUAAAGGAAGGAUUCUGUUUGACGAGGACCAGAGGGAGUAUGGAGCCUUUAGGUAUGGGAAGUUAGAUUCUGCCUGUUUCUCACUUCUUUCCUGGUGCAUAAAUAAUACCACAUGCACAGCCAGCCUUUUUCGACUUAGACUCUCAGUGGGUCUGAAUUGCACCUUCAAUCCUAGAGAAUGGAGGGGGUAAGAAGGGACAGACGUUCCUCCCCCACCCCUCAGGUGGCCCCUGAGCCAUGUGCUAGGGAGAGUGCUGACGGGGAGGCCUGGGCCCGGCAACAAGGGCAGAAGUCCGAAGGAAACCUUGGUAAUAGCCUGUAUGUAUUCUUUGGAGCUUUGUGAGGGCAGUUUCCUGCAGUAGGAGGAGAGGUAACUGCCAUCCGUGCUGUUAGGAGCUGCUUUUCUCCAUGAAUGGGUCUCUUGGCUGCCCCCUAAAUUGUGGGAAUUUGCUUGAGCUCGCAGGCCUGCAAUUCCUGGGCCACUGCUGCCCUCUGCUGAGCUCUUCUGGGAGUUUUCAAUGCUGAGGAUGUCAAUGCAGGCAUUUGGCCAGCAGGGGGAGCCUGCGGGCUGAGUCCAAUUUCCCACGCUCAGCGAGGUUAACCUAUUUUGCAAAAAGCUGUUUCAUAAACAAGCACAGGAGCUCAGAAAGCAAGGAAGCUGGAAAGCUCCGUUCUGUGGAAAGACGUCGGCCUGCCUUGGGUUCCGGAAGUAGCAAGGAUUGUUUGCUGGCUGCCCCCGCGCUCAGGGCCUCUCUGCCUUCCCAGCCUGCCUCUCCCAGUCAGGACCCUCAGGUUAGGCGGCCCAGCAGGGCACUUGCCCCACUUCAGGUGCCUCUUCCUGCCUCCAGGCCAGUGUAGGCUGAAGUCACGCGGAGUUGUGCUGGUGGGGCUGCCGCUCCUUGGCAAACCCACCCUUCCGUUGUUGGGGGCAUUGUGAAAAGAGGUGGUGACACCAGGUGUAUACUGGCUCCCAGGCCUCCACAGCUUGGCUCAAGUCAGAUCAGUGGCGAGAGGAAACUGGGGAGGGGCGUCCCUAUGGACUGUGUGGAAAGGGGGCAUGAUUCCUGCCUGCCUGGGAGAGGUAGGGGAAUCUCAGAGUGUGGGCCUUUGGUGGUUUUUCUUAGUAGAAUCCUAAACCAAUUUGUAAUUGAUGGUAGUUCCACAAACAGAGAAAUCCUAAGCCAGGAUGUUUCUUCUGUGCUAUGAGCAUAUCUUGCCAGGUCUGUAACUUUUUGUACAUUUUUUCCCUAAGCAAAAUUUGGCUUUUUUCCCCCGUGAUCUUAAGUUCUUAAAAACUUGAGGGAAAACAUUUAUCUAAUUUAUUAAAAGAGGGAAAGCUUUCCUUUGACAUGUAAACACUUUCAGGUGUAAAAAUUCCUCAAAGGGGAAACACACUUCUUUUAAUGCCAGUAAACACCUCAUUUAUUUUGUGUAUAUAAUUUGAUUUGCACAUGUACAAAUGGAGAGGUUUUUUGCAUUUUUGCCUAAAUUGGGUUUUUGUCACUGCUUAUAGUUUGUUUUGUUUGUGUUUGCUGUAUGUUUGGAAAUAUUGAGAGUCUGGUUUUUUGGGUUUUUUUGUUUUUUUUAAUGAUAUUUAUUGUUUCUCUGAUGUGCCUUUUCACUUUUCUUUGGGGUUGAUUUUUGGAAUCUGGGUGCUGUUGAAGGAAGAAAGCAGACUCAGAGAUAGGACCUGUCCUUGCAUCACUGGACUCUCAGUCCGGGUACCAGAAACACCCUUCAAGCUGCCUAGGCCCCCACCUACCUACAUAUACACCCCAAUGAAGCUGUGAGAACCCCAAGGAAAGGGCUGGCUUCCUCCAGACCAGCCCACACCUCCCAGGCUGCUCAGUCAUGUCUUGGGACUGCUGGUUGGCAAUGAGCCAACAGGCCGCUGCUCUCCGCCACCAGGUACUUGGUGGUGCAGCCAGAGCAGACGACCAGCCCUAGCUGAGGGGUUGCACUGAAGGGGAGCAGGCACCGGUCCCUAAACACUUUACCUGGUUAACAUCACGAAGGGGAAAGAAUAUGCACCCUUUUGGGAAGAGAGCCCCCGUGCAUAGUGUAGUGAAGGCAUAAAUGUGACUGAAACUAUGUGCUAUUUAUAGGUGGGUUUGUGCUUUUUUAGACCAGACCAAGGCAGGCCACCCCAUUUUCCUAAGGUGGUUUACCUGGAUUGUGUAUAUAAUUGGGACAUUACCACCCUCUCCCAUGCCCCCCAAAUUCUUGAUUUUUUUAAAAAAAGUCUAUUUUGUUAACGACAGGCUCUGUUGUAUGUGUCACUAUCCUAAGCCUGGAUUGUUUUAUUUAUUUAAAAAUACUUUAGUUUUCACAUUGGUUCCCGUCUAAUCCCCUCCAUCCCUAUAGAGCUGCAGAGAACCUUCAUACGAAGAUAUGAAUGGACAUAAAUAGAUUCAGACUAAUAUAGGAAGGUAGGAAUUGCCUACCUUCUUGUUGGCUUCCCAAAAAAAAGCGUAGAAAAACUAAGUUUUUAUAGCGAAAGUUCAAAUUAGUUGUAUAAUCUCAGAUGCAGAAAAAAAAUUAUCCUAGCUUUCUUAGCACUUAGGGUUUUGUGAAGAUUCAGUGUUUAGCAGUGUCUGGCAUAUAGUAAGCCCUAGUAAAUGUUAAAUAUUGUUAUAAGCAGUUCAUGAAAAUUAAGAAGAGCUGAGCUCACUCUUUAUAUGUCGAUUCAAGAUACCUACCUGAAAAUAUUAUUCCAGGUUGAUGGAAUGUUGUAGGAAUUACGGAUUUAUCUUAGCAUGUCCCAAGUCCCAUGCCUACCCUGCUAGUUGAAACAUUACUAUAUCCCUGAAUACACUGACUGAUUUGAAAAUAUGCCUGAUGUCAGCCCCAGAUGAAACUCGGCUGCAAGAACUGUAAAGGGGGGGAUGACAUGGGUGACCUUUGGCCCCAGGCUGGACCUAACCCCACUGAUGUCUCCUGGACCAUUCCAGGUUUUUGUUUCUGGAACUUCUUGAGCUAGAAAUUAAAAUGAGUUCUCUGACAGACUGUACCCCUUAAAUCAGAGUUAACUAUAGUCCUCUGAAAUGCAAUAAGAGAGGCUUCUCUUUGUUAUUUUACUUAAGGGGAAAGGAAUGACCAACUGAAGUCAUUCCCUAGGAAGUCCCUUUGCUGCCCCCUGCUGGCCAGGGUGGCUCCUCCACAGUCCAGUCCACAAGGAUCAGACUCCCGGACUGGUUCGCUCUCGCGUGUUAGUAUUGGUCCCAGUCCCAGAGAAGACCCACCUCUCCCCUAGGCCAGUGGAAAGCCCAGACCUAUUCCACUACUCAGGUGGACGCAUUGGUGGUGGGGAGAGUGUCUUCAGAACCAGUUGCCAGAGGCUGCUCAUGGUUCAGUUUUCUCAAAUCGCUUAAAUAUCAGGUUGCUUUCCGUUUUAGUGGGGGGUUAGCCUCUUACUUCCCUGACAGAGUUAGAGUUGUACCUCUUCUCCUGUCUUGGCCCCACUCUGGAUAGACUGCAGUGGUGGAAUAUGGAGGAAUUUGCUGGAGUCCCGUGUCUUUAAGUUUUCUCUUCAGCUGAAUCAGCAGUCUUAAACUGUGGGAAUAGGAUUGGAAUUUACCUUCUUCAGAGCAUCAUUCCUUCUAUCCCCGAUUUUGUGGAGCCUUAAGAUUAUCUUCCCUACCCCCCAGCUGGUGAGGCAUGGCCGAGGGACCAGAGGCCAGCAUGUGCUCAUACGGUGGACAGGUGGUGGUGGUGGCACAUGGCGACAUUUGCCAUGCUGGAGGUCUGACAGCCUGGCUGGGCCAGUGGGAUGGGAACUUCGCCACCUCUGACAAAGGGGAGAGGGGCAAACUUGGGGAGCAUCUUUGCUUCACUGUCCUGGCCAGGUAGUAACAGGACAGUAGUGGAACACUUGAUGCCAAAGGAGAUGGUGAUGUCUACUGUAGUUGCUGUCACAACCUUGAUGUCUUUAAGCUAAUGGCCGUUCACAUCUGUGUCUUCAAAAACCCUCCUGGUACAACCAUUUUCUGCUGUUCACUCUGAGGUUAAGUAGUGCGGGGUUCUGCAAAUGAGGUGUCGCUGUCCAAACGUACUGUACCGGCGUAGAGAGCACUGCUUUGUUUUCCACUGUUGUAGAGCAAACUAGGGAGAACUUUAUUUUUCAAUAAACUUUUCUUGUGUGA